AUGUUCAUCCCAAAGGCGGAAAGAACGAGCUACACCAAGUCAAAGGACUUCAGGCCAAUUAGCCUAACAUCGUUUCUCCUUAAGACAUUGGAGAAGCUGGUGGACGCGUAUCUGAGGGAGACAACUCUGUGGAGGUAUUCUUUCCAUAAAAAUCAGCACGUGUAUCGUCCGGGCUAUUCCACCGAGACUGCUGUACAUCAGACGGUAGCGUUUAUUGAGGAGCAGCUGGAAAGAAAGGGCUACGCAGUGGGUGCUUUCUUGGACAUAGAGGGCGCCUUUAACAACACACCGCACGAGGUAGUGUGUGAGGAAGCCGCCAGAAGAGGUGUUCCGAUGAAGCUCGUCGAGUGA